UGUGGCCUUCAUUAUUUAUUUCAUCAUAUUUUAUUUAAAUAAUUUUUUUCAUCUGUAUCUGAAUUUCUACGAAAAAAAAAAUUCUUUUUCCAACAGGUUGUCAAUUUGAAUAAUUAGGAAAAGAAAUAUGUUGAUGCCUUGUAUUGCAACAUUACAACAAUUAUUAGAAUCUACGAGAUUUUUUCUCGUAAUUCAUGCUUUAGCCAUUGCCAUUGGUAUAUGGUAUUGGUUUAGGUAUCGUUCAAAUUCUAAACGUCGUCAUCAGAAUCGUCAAUUAACACCUGAGGAAUUGGAAAAGAUACAAUCUUGGCAACCGGAACCAUUAGUACCUUAUUAUGAUCAUAGCCAUUUUGCAUUGAAUCCCAAAAUCAUAUCAUCGAUGUAUGGCAAAUAUUUAAUUGUUAAUGAUAAAAAAUGUUUGAAUUUAGCUACACAUAAUUAUCUUGGCCUUGCUGAAGAUCGUGAUUGUAUUGAUGAAGCCGUAAAAGCGGUAAAGAAAUACGGUGUUGGUAGUUGUGGUCCACGUGGAUUUUUCGGCACUGUAGAUAUUCAUUUGACAUUGGAACAGGAAAUAGCCCGUUUUAUGCAGACUGAAGAGGCUAUACUUUAUUCAUAUGGUUAUGCAGCUAUUUCAAGUGCCAUUCCUGCCUAUUCAAAAUCAAACGAUAUUAUUUUUGUUGAUGAAGCGGUAAAUUUUGCCAUCCAACAAGGUCUGAUUGCAUCUCGAUCUCGAAUCAAAUUUUUCAAACAUAAUGACACGAAAGAUUUAGAACGAUUAUUGGAUGAUCAAUCGGAAUGGGAUUUAAAAAAUCCUAAAGAAGCAAAACGAAUUUCACGUUUUAUGAUAGUUGAAGGUUUAUACAUCAAUACUGGUAAUAUUUGUCCAUUGGCCGAAAUAAUUCGAUUAAAACGUAAACAUAAAGUUCGUUUAUUUAUCGAUGAUACCUGUUCAUUUGGUGUACUUGGUAAACAUGGUCGUGGUAUUGUUGAACACAGUGGUUGUAGUUUAGAUGAUGUCGAUAUGAUUGCCGCUAGUCUUGAAUAUGCAUGUGCUUCAUAUGGUGGUUUCUGUACCGGUACCAUAUUUGUUAUCGAUCAUCAACGUCUUUCCGGUUUAGGUUAUUGUUUCAGUGCAUCAUUACCACCAUUACAGGCGGCAUAUGCAUUAAAAGCUAUUGAAAAGAUACAAAAAACACCUGAAUUAUUGGUUCAAUUACGUAAUAAUUGUGUUCGAAUUGAUGAAUUAUUACGUUCUCAUCAAUCAUUAAUUACCAUAAAUGGAUUAGAUAUUUCGCCAAUUAAACAUCUUCGUUUUACUCGUACUAUAGAUGAAUGGCUUAAUGAUAAACGUUGUCCCGAUUAUGAUGAUCAAAUUAAUAAUUUAAUGACAAAUCCUAGUUCAAAUGAUAAAAUUUCAAUUUCCCAUAAAUUGGAUACAAUGCGAUUAGAAAAAGUUGUCGACUGUGCAUACAAUCGUGGUUAUGGUUUAACUGUUGCUCGUUAUCUUGAACAUGCUGAAUAUAAACUUCAAAAUCCAAGUAUUCGUUUAAUUAUUAAUUCAUUAUUAACUGGCCAAGAAUUAGAAUCAAUAUCCAUUAUGCUAAUUGAAACAUUUGAAGAAGUUGAAAAAAUAUUUUUCAAUGGAAAAUUUUUCAACAUAUCAUCAGAUGAUGAACAAACAAACAAAUGAAUGAUUGUAUAAAUGAAUCGAUCAAUCAAAAACCGAAUGAAACCAACCCAGUGACACAC